AUGUCAGUACUGAAUGAUGGGAGGUUCGUUUUUACAGAUGAAAAGGGAAACCUCUACAUGGAAUCAAAAGGUGAUAAAAAUAGCUUCUCUCUUUUCUAUGGCAGCAAGGCUCUCGCACACGCAUUCAAUGAGGAAAUGGGUAUAGUUGCGCUUGUGUGUCCCCACAACGACGCGGUUCUCGAAAGCCUGCAUAUCAACAAUGAUUCAUCACGAUCCGUCCUCAAGGUUUAUAGAUUUGAUGACGAUAAUUUGACUGAGUUGCUUGACGAAGUUGAGAUCCCAUUGGCGUCGAGUGUGCUUUGGUUAAAGCCUGCGUAUUUAGUUGUAAGUAACCCCGAUAAUUUAACUUCCAUUAUAAAGUUUCUGAAGGGCAAACUGAAGGUCGUAGUUCGUGACAGAGAUAUUUACCCAUUUGUUUCCCUUAAGUUACUAGGGUUGCUGUCGAAUGAACCACCGUCGGUUCACCUCUGGGAUGUGGAUCGAAAUAAAAAGGUGGAUUCCCUCACCCUCAAAAACACACGAGGUAGGAGAGGGAAACGAAAACUAUUACGUGGUUCGUGCGGCUCCGGCAACUUUGCAGUCAUUGCUAAUGACGAUGGCACUGCGGACGUUCUUUAUAUUGUUGGUAACUCUGCACGUGUGCUCUCGCCUUCGAUUUCGCUUUCCAUCACACGACAGAAUCCGUGUGAUGAAUCUGGCGCUCUGGCUGAGAGCAUGCGUAUAGAUCCGCUCUGUGUGGCGCUCUCAUCAUCUACAGUUCUUGUGGGUGCCAGUGGGGGCAAUGAAAUCUUGAAGCUUAAAUACAAGAAGGACGGGAGUUUAAAAAUAGAGGAUAUUAAGAAGCUUGGUAAUGGAGAGGAGCUUGCUGCCAUCAGUAAAAAUCGAUGUCUUAUCCGAAGAAUUGACGAAGACAACGAGAAAAAGAUGGUGUUUACUGCAUUUCCAUUGCCUACUAUACGAACCACCAGCUCUGCGAAUGUGGAGGAUAGUGAAGCGGGCGCCCCUGAUACAUCAGCCACAGAGGGUCAUUUGGAUACUAAUCUAACUGAAUCUACAAAAAGAAAGAGACGGCGCAGAAAUAGAAAGGAAAAAUACAUUUUGGAGGGUCAAACGCCUAAUGGGUCCGACAAAAGGAAAAUUACCAACGGAAGCUAUUCUAUCUACACGCCUAGAAUAGCUAUAGGGAUGCUCCUAGUUAGCGUCCUCAUCGCUUUGUAUCUAAGGAGGCGCUAG